CACUAUAUAUAAGUCACCACACAAUUUGCAUUUACGGUCAGUGUUCAAUAAGGUUUGAAAAUAUACACUACACAUCAGUACAGACCUUACAUACAAUGAUGAUCCAAAUAUUUUCAAUUCUGCUGGUGAUUAUAUCCGGAAUCCUUUGCAGCGGAGCUCAACAAGGAGUAUCCAGUACCCAAACUGGUCAGACAUUGCAAAUACAGCCCAAUGUAAGAAAAUACAACAAACACACUUCUACGGAAAAACCUUGUACCACUGCAGGCUCGCCGACGGGCACGCGAAAGGACAAACCGGACAACUAUUCGGACUCGCAAGACUACGUGCCCAUUGGCGGCACGGCCGGACCAGGAUAUCCUUACCCGUACCCGUACCCUUAUCAACCGCUGGGCCCUUACCAACCAGUUGGCCCUUAUCUGCAGCCAACCGGCCCUGUAUUGGUGCCAAGCGGUAACCCGUAUCGGCCGCUUCAGUACCCUUACGAACCGCAAUACGCCGUGGACGGAGCACCAUUACCACCGUACAACUACGCGCCCUACUACCCCGCCGGUCCACCAUACGUAGGAUCGUCUCCCCCAUACUAUCCGGCCACACCGCAGCCGCUUUACGAACAACAGCCGACCGUGGUGGACGCAUAUCGUUCACCGUUGUACCCGCCACAGCCGCUGGAUCAGCCUCAGUUUUUCAGACAGCCCGGUGCUGCCGGAGGUUUACCUCCGUAUUACAGAGCCCACGCGUACAACAGACCAUCGCCGUUUAUCCAACAACGGGACAUCGCAGCCGCUCCUCCAUAUUUCCAACAACGUGACGCCCCGUUUCCCCAGCAGCGGGACGCCGCAGCAACUCCUGCCGCUGCCACCGCCACCACCGUGGCCGCUACCAACAACGCUGAACCGCAGUACGAACAACAGCAGUCUGGACCAUUCGACGGUAACCAGUUUCAUUACUAACGCUUUCGAUCAUAUCAAAAACGUUUAUUACCUGGUAACCGCUACGCCUCAUGAUAGACUUAGUUUAGUCAGAAACAUUAUUCGCAACACCAUAAUUCAUUAAACGUAUACCGAUUGCAGCACCGUAGUCAAGAAUAUCUAAAUAGUCUCGAUAAUAUUAUAUUAUGCAUAUAUAAUAUUUCAUAAAUUAUAUAGAUAAAUAAAAUAAAAUAAAAAUAUAUUACCAUGUAUAAAUAGGUACCUAUUACAGAUUAUGCCGCAGUGACACUAAACAUAUACGAUACACUGAUUUAAGAGGUGUACAUCUAUGAUAAUGUUCAGGACAUCGUGUAGUUUUAAUCGUUUCCUGAAUUAAUAUUAUUAUAUUCUAUUGAUUUUGAAAUAUUUUUAUCAGUUCUGUAUCACUGCAUACAAUAUCGGGGUUAGUACUAAUAUAUACAACUAUAGUUAUUGUACGGAAUACAUGUGGUUUACAUAAAACAUUAUUAUAAUAAAUUUACAAUUACGUAUUUUAUAAAUUAUUAGUUACAUUUGAGAAUAUAAGCAAUAAUUGUACGUUUCUGUAUUUUAUAACCAGUAAUUACUAGUUUUUAAACAAUAUUUAUUUAUAAUUAAGACAGUA